AUGGAUAAUUACGAGUUAAUUAUCAAAAAUCCUUGUUUUGGUCAUAUGGGGUAUAUCAAAGCUGUCGCUAACUUGCAAGACAAACAUGAUAGAUCAGCCCCAUCAGAUUAUCAUUGGAAAAUAUUGAAGUGCAGGAUGUUAAUAUUCUCAAACUCAUCGAUUAUGGCUUGUCCAGAUAAGGAAGAAGUGAAAAAAAUUCAUAUUAUUUUCAAUAAAUUUGGUGAUGACUAUGAUAAAUUAACUUCGUUGCUAUUGAAAUUUUCCUUAACGCAAGAAGGUACCGUAGGGCAAGUUUCUCCAGAAAUAUAUCAAAUGUCCUUCCAAUAUACAAUGUUAGCAAAACUGGCACCAAUGUGGAACACGUUGGGAUUGGAAUAUCUUGUAAAUAACAGAAACUUUUUGCUGUCGAAGGAACCGCAAGAAGGAAUCAAAUAUCAAUGUAUUACAAAUGAACAUUUUAGUACUUUAAAAGUAAAACCUGUAAAGAUACUUUUAUACAGAGCUAAUUGUGAUUAUUUACCUGGAGAAUAUGUAAGAGUUCUGCCGAGUUUGAACAAAGCCACUGUCGAGGAAUCUUGCGAGUUGACUUCCAAGUACGGUAUUUUCAAGUCUUAUAAAGAUUUGCGCCGUCACUGGAAAAAUAUUGGGGCAUACAAGCAGACGGCUCACCUGAUGGUAAGUGAUCACCGUCGCCCAUGGACACUUGCAACACCAGUAGUAUCACAAAUGCGAUGCCGGCCUUUAAGGAAGGAGUACGCUCUUUUUUUGAAGGUUUUUGGGUCGUAUUGGUCCGGAAACACUGCUGGCGACAACAUAUUCCACAGUUUUGUCAACUCUCCCCGUGAUAAAUGCGAUAGAAGAUGCAGAGCGAAGCUACAACCCUACGCAAAGCCAAAGGAUCAAGCUGAUCGGAAAGGUCCUGGUCGUCGACGAUUCGAGCCGCUCGGUGCUGGAUGCGAUCCAAAGGAAGAAGUUGGUACUGGGGUGCCCCCGCCCAAAGAUGAGAGCAGUACUCCAUGUGAGGCCGCACCUGUGCCUUAUAAAGCUGCAGUCGGUGGGCCGGUGUGA